UUUCUCAAUGCAGCACAGCAGAGACAGUUUGCUUUUUUAGUCAUUUUGAGUUAUUAGUCAUUAGUUUAUUUGUGUAAACCUUACAUUUCCGAAUGCCUUUGGAUUCAACACCAUUACAGGGCAAAGAUGUCUUCAUUGCUGACAUGUAUGCCAUACCAACAUGGAAGCACAAAGACAACAAUCCUCUGUCAGGCCUUCCAAAGGAUGCACACCUGAAGGAUGCACUAGUCUUCCCAGCAUGGACAAACUGCAAUGGGCCAGAGCACUUCCUUCUAUGUGUGUUGAAGCCAGCCAAGAGAGAGAUUCUCUUGCUGGACUCUCAGUUUGCCCUUUGGCCUUCAGGUUUUGGUGAUGCGGAGUACAGCUUUAGUAACAUUGCUCAGUGCAUUAUUCCUGGAUGCUGGAGUGAGGUGACUGGAAGGGACAUGCAGGAUAUCCCACAACAGACAUCCGGGAAUGACUGUGGCAUUUUCAUGCUCAUGUAUGCCCUCUGCAUGUGUACAGAUGCUCCAUUCCACUUCAGUAUGCUGGACAUGCAUUCAAUCCGGCGGUGGUGGUGUGUCCUUCUUAUGGAGCGCUUUUCGAUAGACGGCCACGGCCAGAGGUUUGCUUUCUGGACAGAUGAGGCGAGUUGUCUGUUACAGGGCAUUCUUCAGCCGGUGUACCGGGUGGGCAAGGGAACUACCAUGGAGGUCCCAGCACAUAUCGCUGAGCGGACAGCCACCGAGCAGGCACUGGUUGACUUCAUUGUCAAGGAGCGCGGGACCGAGGAACGACUACUGGAAAUCAUCAGUGACAAGGAACCCUCCAAGUGGCUGAUGAGUUUCCAAGGGAAGUCGCCUAACAAAGUCCCAGUGUACCUUGACAAUGACGCCCAGAAGAACAGGUUGUUCAAGUAAUAUGAACAGUAUAUCCUCUCCAGUUGUCAUCAGGAAUCAUAUACUGUUCAUUCUAGAGGUGUUGUUCCCAGAGGCUAUCAUCGGUGCACUUUCUGCUCUUGGGAAGAUGACCCUGCAGAAGGCGGCGGAGGAGUUCUCCACUGGCACACAUCUCCAGGAGAG